CUGAUAUUUUCUCUUCGGUUUCUUAAAUAUCCUGGUUUUAUCUUAUAUAUAGAUUCUGAACUACCACCUGCUUACGAGCCUUCACCCAUCACCUUUUAUCCUCAAACAGACUUCAAAACGCCAUAUCCUACUGUCAGUUCAUCUGGCAAACCGCCGUCAUUGCUCACAGCUAGUUCAUUGCCUCCUCCACUUCCUACGACUGAUCCGGUAGCUCCACCGGACUUCGUUCUGCCUAUCCUGCCAAGCGUACCCACCAGCUCAACCAACAAUAUGGGAGGCCAAGGUGGUGUCAGUGGGAUGACUAGUUCCAGCUCUUCUCACCAAGACGAAAGCGACGAAUUACGAUUUGAUGACCUUUCCAGGCGUUUUCAACAAUUGAAAGGGAAAAAAUGA